AUGUUGAUCAAUGAUCUUAUCGUACAUUUGAUUGUUUGCAUUCUUAUACGACUUGAUCAUGAUGAAGAACAAGAACCAAUUUUACAUAUAUAUGGUGAAAACAUAGCAGAAACAAUUACUUUUGAAGAAUUGAAGAAACAAGAAGUAACAAGUGAUCAGUUACUUGAAUGGUUUGCACCUAUCGAUGUUGCAGAAAAGUAUGAAAUGAAUGGAAAUAGUAGAACGAAUGUGUUUUAUAAUUGUUCAUCGUCUUGGUUUGGUUCAAUGUGUCAAUAUAAAUUUGUCUACAACUUAUCUCUAUCAUUCAAUGAUAUUAUUGAUAUUACUCUGAGCAAUGAGAAGAGCAUUAGAUAUAAUUUUACCAGUGGAACAUGUUAUCGAUUUUUAACUGAUUAUGAACAAUGGUGUGAUCAAUUAGAACUUACUAAAUGUAAUGAUAAUGAAUAUCGAUGUCAUUAUGGUGGUCAAUGUAUUCCAUUAACAUUUGCUAGAGAUAGCAGAUUUAGUAUUGAUUGUCUUGAUGGUAGUGAUGAACAAGAUUAUUUUAUGGCUGAAACUCCGUCGAUAAACGCACCUUGUUCACUUGUCACGACAUUUCGAUGUCAAGAACGCAUUAGCCGAUAUCCACGAUUAUUUCAAUGCGGUGAUGGACAAUAUUUGAUCAAUCUUAAUAUUCCAACUUAUAAUUCUUAUUGUCGGAAUAAAAAAGACAAAGAAUUAUCUCGAGCUGUGCUUACUUCAAUGGAUCAUAUUUCGAACAUUAGUUGUCGAAAAGCUUUCUAUUGUGCACUUCAUUUCAAUCGAACAAUUAGUUUAAGUAAGGAAUUUUUUCCACUGUUCAAUAUCUCGAGUUUCUAAUGUUAUGAAUGGAUUUCUAUACUUUGAUAUCAUUAAAGGACUAGUCCGAAAAUCAGCGCUAAUUGGCUUACUUUCAAGCUUCGACUGAAACCCAUAUGGUCCUAAUGGACAUAUGACGAAGAGUUAUUAGACACUCUUUUCAAGCUAAAUCAAUUGUCUUUGAGGAUCAUUUGAAGGCUUCUCAAAAAUGAUGCCGAGAUCCUACAUAGAAACAUUGCAAUACAGAUAGUAUUUUGUCGAUAUUGUAUUACAGCCCUGAUAAAUUGAGUUCAGUCUUUCAUCAUCGGAAAGAGCUUAUCAUAUUGCAUAGGACGCUGUAAGAAUCUAUAAUUGACUUCCUUCUAUUGGAUCGUCACAAGAUUACUUUUCAUGGUUCAUACAUGAGCUUGGCAGUAAUAAUGGAGACUUUAAUAAGUCUCGUACAAAAAAGUCAAUUUAAAACAGUUUGAAAUCGAUACUAUCCAAUAGUUUUUUCUAAGCUCUACAAAAUUGGUACUAUUGUAUUAAACUUCACUGCUUGGUAAGCUACUUCAUAUAUGCAUAGAAUGCUUAUGUGUAUCGCAACAUCACAUAUUUUUGACUCAUAUAGAGUAAACUUUAGCUACAAUAUUGAGUUUUUCGAUCCGACAAAUAUCAUAUUUGGAAUCAGCCUAAUAAAUUAAGUCGAUCUACACAUAUUCUCUUAUUUUUCAAGAGUUUCCUGUUUACUGGGAAAAUUCAGAAGAAACCCUGGCGCUCAUAGAUACGUUAAAAUAUUGUUUUCGUAAAAAAAUCAGUUUAACUGUGAAAAAUUGACUCUAAACUCUUCAAAAGCUGAAAAGGUUCGAAAAAAAAUAUGGAUGAAUAGUGAAAAUGGAGCUUGCGUGCACUUCGGUUAUUUAAAUAAAUGUCAGUGAUAAUAUACAUGAAAUGUUCAACAAAAAAAAGUCUACAAAAACAUCUGAAAUAUACAUAUGUCAACUUAGUUUUUGAUGCUGACUACAAAUCUUUCGUAGAUUUUUCACUUAAAUCAUUAUUUUUCAAACCACAAUGUGCUUUAUAACAGUCAAAAAGUUAUCAAGUCACGUAUCGAAAAUAUUUUGCUUGAGAUUUUAGAAGCAACGAGUUUUUUCUGAAUUUGGAAAAUUCAUGGCUUCAUAGCUUUUGAAAAAUUGAUACAUACAGAUUCACUUCAACAAAAGUUCUAGGAUGUUUAUUGGUCGAUAAGCCAAUGGGAGAAAUGAAAUUUUCUGCUAACAUACUAUUCAUCACGAAUGAAAUGGCAAAUAAAUGACACUAAUAUACGUCUUGAAUAGACUAAUUCUUUAUUAUGACUGAUAGAGGUGGGUGUGGGUGUGUGAGUGUGUGGGUGUGGGUGAGUAUGUGGGUGUGAGUGUGGGUGAGGGUGUGGGUGUGGGUGGUGUGUGGUGUGGCUGUGGCUGUGGCGGUGGCUGUGGCUGUGGCUGUGGGUGUAGGUGUGGGUGUGGAUAAAGAGUAGACACACCCACACCCACACCCACCCACUCACACCCACCCACACCUUUAUUAUGAAAUUGACUUUUAUGCUGGCAAAAGACAUUGUAUUUUA